ACCCGGAAGUUGGUGGAUGCAGGCGCUAGUUAGCUACUUCACUUCAAAAUACUGAUUAAAAUAUGUCCAUAUGCCAUUUCUGAUACGGUUGGGAUUGGCAUAGACAUACUGUCAACAAAAAAAAACAUGUAACUCUAACGAGCUAGACGCGAGGAGGAACAAAACAACUUUUGGUAAUUUAGCUUGUUUAGCUAACAAGUUAGCUGUCAAAUAGUUUCCACGACAACUGUUCCGACCCCCAGUUCUGAGGUGACAGUUGGUUUCGGUGGAAAUUUCUCCAAACCACAAAAGUCUACAGAAGAACUGCUGGGUCGAUUCACAAUGGAUGAGGACGGUGAUGGCAGAUCCAGCCUGUCUAACUCCUGUCCCACUCGACCUAAACCCACACAGUCACCAGUUCCUGUCAGGAACCAGAGAACACUGCAGGGCCCCAAGCUGCUAGAAGUUGACUGGGAUUCUCUUUUUAGAGAGAGACAACCUCCACCAGGAGCAGCUAAACAACACCAGGAGAAUCAGCAGAAACCCAAGACGUUUCACGCCUGUCCAGUGUGUGGAAGACACUGCCAAAAGUUAUCCAUCCUGCAGAUCCACAUGAGAAUCCACACGGGAGAGAAGCCGUACCCUUGCCCCGACUGUGGCAAGAAGUUCGCUCACCUGGGAGCCAUGAGACGACACCACCUCACACACACGGGAGAGAAGCCUUACUCCUGCUCUGUGUGUGGGAAGAGUUUCACCCAAUCAGGACAUCUGAAAGAGCACCAACAGUCUCACUCCGGAGAGAAGCACCACUGUCUGAUCUGUCUGAAACAGUAUAUCAGAGCAGAAGAUCUGAAGAUUCACCACAGAGUUCACACGGGAGAAAGGCCCUACCGCUGUGCAGAGUGUGGCAAGAGCUACAUCAGGUCAAAGAAUCUCCGGGCUCACAAGCUGACUCACCAGAGGACAGGACGUGGUGGUAAAAGUGACAGGGAGAUGGCAGCUACUAUCCAGGUGAAAGUGAAGGAGGAGGAAGAAGAGAAAGAGGUUGGUGGUUUCAUCAAUGCUGAAGGAGAGGAGGAGGAAGAGGAGGUUGGUGGUUUCAUCAAUGCUGAAGGAGAGGAAGUUGGCUGGAGUUUCCCUGAUCUCAGUGAGAGUCCUGUCCAUGACUCUGGUAGUGAAGGAGGAAGUCCCCCUACAUCACACAUCAACAAGGAUCCUGGUCACCAAUCCAGCACCAAAGCUAUAGAGUCCCAGGGUCCCGAUCCAAGACAUGAGGAGGACAUCACUCAAACACCUGGGAUGAACAUUCAUAUUGUAGACGAGGGGAAGGAGGAAGUGAAAGAGGAGGAUGAAGUUGGUGGUUUCAUCAAUUCUGAAGGAGAAGAAUUUAACUGGGAUUCUGUUCAACAUAGAGAGAGCCCUAACUGUGGCUUAGACAGCAGAGCGAGUCCCGCCACAUCAGAACAUCCUGAACACCAGGAGAGACACAAAACGAAGACGUCUCACUGCUGCUCGGUGUGUGGCAGAGAGUGCUACAAGCUCUCGGUACUACAGAUCCACAUGAGAAUCCACACGGGAGAGAAGCCGUACCCCUGCCCCGACUGUGGCAAGAAGUUCGCUCACCUGGGAGCCAUGAGACGACACCUCCUCACACACACGGGAGAGAAGCCCUACUCUUGCCCUGUGUGUGGGAAGAGUUUCACCCAAUCCGGACAUCUGAGGGAGCACCAGCAGUCUCACAGUGGAGAGAAGCCUCACCUGUGUCUGGUCUGUGGGAGAGGGUUCUCUAGAGCGUCAGACCUCAGGAUCCACCACAGAGUUCACACAGGGGAGAGGCCGUACAGCUGUGACUACUGUGGGAAGAGAUACGGCCGCUGUCAGAAGCUACGGGCUCACCAACGGACACACCACAGUGACAGGACGCACGCUGAUACUGGAGAGGAGACGGAGUGAAUGACCACGAGGCUUUGAACGCAAGACGUGAUGAGCUUAGUAUUCCUAUUGGUGAUGUUAGCCCGGCUGGACAACAACAAUGAUACACGUUGAUCGUCAUCAGACAGGAGAACAAUACACUCCAUUGGAAUAGACAUGGUUCUAGAAUCCACCUAAAUGAUUCCCAGAGUUCUGAUGCAGGACACGGGCUGCUGGGGAGGGGACAGCUGCUGGGUGAAGUUCCCCUGCCUGAAUCCUAACCUUAACCAUUAGUGGGGGAGAUGCAAAACUGACCAGCGUCUCGGGGCAACUUCACCCUACUCUGUUUGGGGGAAAGAAUGGGGAGGCUUUAUCAGUAAGUGUUGACAGUAGAACUACGGGUGUUUGUUAGUAGGGUGGACAAACACAACUAUUAACCUUAUGAUGAAGAACGAUAGGCUCGGUUAGAACAAUAUACAAUGGACGUGGUUCUACAUUCCACUCGAAGAAAGCACCCAGUUCUGAUGGAGAGAUGAAAUAAUCAGUGCUGUUCAGUUUGUUAUUGAACUUGAACCAGAGAAAGUGAACCCCCAAAAGAUGGCCGCUAGACGGUGUUCUAAAUUGGAAUCGUGGAACGCUUGUUCUCUGUCCACCACAUUCUGUGUGAGGAACCCCAGUUGAAAUGAUUGUUUAAAAAAAAAAAAUAGAAUGUUGAUGUAAUAAUUGUGUUCUAUAUUGGAUAACAUCCCAAAUAAUGUUCAGUCAAAGGACGUUUUGAUCCCAGAGAGAGAGAGAGCUGUGGCUCCGUCAUUCAGUUCAUUACGCCACUAUUGGUGAUAAUAGUUGCCCUCCAGUGGGUGGAGGACGUACAACCUGUUAGAAUUAUAGGAUGCUCAGAUUCUCCGUCUGUCUUGAAUAGUUUAUCAUCUGAUAGGAGUGAUCUGCUAUUGGAGGUAUUCAUGUUAUUAUGGAGAAUUGAGAGAAUGGGUGUAGUAUUCUCUCAAUACUAUACGCUGCAAGGAGUCAGCCUGCAGGCGCCCAGCCCACCACAAGGAGUCAGCCUGCAGGCUCCCGGCCCGCCACAAGGAGUCAGCCUACAGGCGCCCAGCCCGCCACAAGGAGUCAGCCUGCAGGCGCCCAGCCCGCCACAAGGAGUCAGCCUGCAGGCGCCCAGCCCACCACAAGGAGUCAGCCUGCAGGCGCCCAGCCCACCACAAGGAGUCAGCCUGCAGGCGCCCGGCCCACCACAAGGAGUCAGCCUGCAGGCGCCCGGCCCACCACAAGGAGUCAGCCUGCAGGCGCCCGGCCCACCACAAGGAGUCAGCCUGCAGGCGCCCAGCCCACCACAAGGAGUCAGCCUACAGGCUCCCGGCCUGCCACAAAGAGUCUCUAGAGCACGAUGAGCCACCUAAAAUCCCCCAUGGCCAAAACCUUCUCUAACCUGGACGAUACUGGGCCAAUUGUGCGCCGCCCUAUGGGACUCCCGGUCCUAUAGGACACUACAGCCUGGGAUCGAACCCCAGGCUGUAGUGACGUCGCAACACUGCGAUGCAGUGCCUCCCAGCACAUUUUGGUGUGUAAGGGAAUGUAAUUGUUGACCAGUUAGCCAAAAUAGUUUUUAAAUUAGAUAUAAUUGAUAUUAAUGUUCCACUGGGUAGAGAUGAGGCCAAAUGUAGGAUCAGAGCCAUUUUGAUGUGUGUCAGAAGAGAUGGGACUCUGAGCCCAAGGGCCGGUGUUUAUAUGCCCUCAACAGAAAGGUCAGUGGACCAAGGUUCAAAGGUCAGAUUAGGAAGGAAGAGGUGGUGAUUGCGUUUAGGACAUUGUACAUUGAACUCAUCAUUACAUCUGGUUGGUAGCAUGUGAAUGGUUUGUGGGGUAGGCCGUCAUUGUAAAUAAGAAUUUGUUCUUAACUGACUUGCUUAGUGAAAUAAAGUUGAAAUAAAAGCAGGUUGUAAACUC